UUGUGUUUGUCAUGUAUGUAUCACUGUGGAACUGUUGUCAUCCCCUCUCCCCAACCCCCCGUGGUGUUUCCGAUCGGAACUUAGCAUUGGGAACACAAAAUGGCGGCCUCCGUGUUACGAGUAGGACGACUGGGUGCUCUCAAGUGUCUCCAAUUGGAGAGCUGGGGCAUCUUGAGGAGUCGCCCAGCUGCUUUUUUCUGCACUCAAGUUGAAGAACCACCAAAACCAGCAAAAAAGGCACAGGCUGCAGGCAAGACAGAAGCUCCAGAUGAGAGAACAGCCCUGUUAACCUGCAAGACCACAGUUGCCUUCCCAGCUAGACUUUUAGAGCCUAGAGUUUUUCCAGCACAGUCUCUAGGUAUAACUGGACCAGUGGUUGGUUGCACUGCUGUUGUAGAAACAGCAGUAGCUGCAGCAGUUGCAGGCACUGCCAGUGAAAUGGAUGCUGCUGAGCCAGUGGUUGCAGUACCUGUGGCUGCCUCAUCAGAUCCAGCUCCUGAACCAGAUGUUGCUCAAGUUAUUCCUGACAUAGCUCCACCUGUAGUUGACACAGCUCCUUUAGCUGUUAAACCCCAGGUUGAGACAAGCAGUGAAACCUCAGCACCAGAUAACACAGCCUUCCCUGAUGCUGGUGAGGCGGCAGCAAAUGAGUCAUCCUCCUCAUCGUCCGGGGACUCCGAAUCUGACUCUGACUCAGACUCAGAGAGUGAGAGGUCAGACGUGAAGGCUGAUACCAGAAUCUUUCCACAUGAGAUAUCAGAAUCCACUGUAAAAAAAGGGGCAGAAGUCCACGAGGUCACACGCGCAGAAGUGACAGAAGACUCUAAUGAAGCUCAGGGGGAACCUGAAGCUACUCUCACAUUUGGUGCUGAUACUAUACACGAGACAGCUGCAAACUCAGAAGCAGUUCAAGGUACCAGGAAGGCACCCACUGUUAGCUCUGAUGAGUUAAUUACCUCAGUGCCUGAGAUCUGCACUACUACAGAAGAUGCUGAAGAGGUCACCCGCCCAGUAGCUUCAGCUGAAUCUGCAGUGGAAGCUGCUCCAGAAAUGAUACAACAUAAUGCAGGUGAUGCAUUUUCUGCUGUGUCUGAUACUGAAGUAGAAACUCCAGCUGAAGUUGUGACCAAGGCUACGACUCCAGAAAAUGACCACAGCGACAGUAACACCAAAACAACAGAACCUGCCUCUGCUGAAGCUGCUACACAAGCUGGAGACAAGCUUGCAGAUGUUGUUGAAGCUGCUGCAGAAGCUGCUGAAUCUUCAGCAGAAACUUCACCCGCAAAAGCUGAACCAGAGAUUAUAGAAGCUAAAGCCAGUCCCACUGAAGAGGCUGCUGAGACUGCAACUGAAGUUUCUGCCCUUGCAGAGGGUGCUGAGCAACUGGUGGACUCUGCUCCUGUCGUAGCUGAAGCUGCUGAAGAGGAGCUGCAGGUGGAGGCUCCUGCUGAACAGUCUGAGGAGGCUAUAACAGCGGCACACGUAGAGCCUGAGGAGCAUUUUGACAACAGCACUUACAAAAACUACCAGCACCACAGCUACACCCCCUACACAUUUGCCGACCUGGAUGUAGAGAUGGCCAAGUUUCGUCUCCCUCAGCCUUCCUCUGGCAGACCCUCACCCAGACACUAGAAGAACUGUCCUGGCUGAAAAAAAUUGCUUAAAGAUGAUGGUGGUGUUUCACUUUAUGUAUGAUCAUCCCCAGAUCUUAAUUAAAUUCUGGUGUUACAAUGUCAUAUUAAUAAAGUACCAAAUGAGUAAUGAA